CUUUUCCUCUUUGAGGUUUUUCAGCCUUGCACUUCUUGUUCCCGGAAUUGGCAGAGGAACAGGAAGAAGGGAGCGAUGGUUCAGCGUCUUACCUACAGGAAACGGCAUAGUUAUGCCACCAAAUCCAACCAAACUAGGGUUGUCAAAACCCCAGGUGGGAAGCUUGUUUACCAAUACGCCAAGAAGAGGGCGAGUGGGCCAAAGUGCCCAGUAACUGGAAAGAGAAUUCAAGGAAUUCCUCACCUUAGACCUGUUGAGUAUAGGAGGUCAAGAUUAUCCAGGAACCGGAGAACUGUGAAUCGUGCGUAUGGUGGGGUGUUGUCUGGAAGUGCAGUGAGGGAAAGGAUUAUCCGAGCCUUUCUGGUCGAAGAGCAAAAGAUUGUAAAGAAAGUUCUCAAGAUUCAGAAGGCCAAAGAGAAACUGUCAUCAAAGAGCUAGAUUACCGGUAAAAGUUUCUCAGUUGUUGUUUACUGUGAAGAAUUUUGCUUAAAUUCUAUGAUGAUGAUGAUGAUGAAAAUUGUACCAAGUGGUUGCUGUACUUCUAUCGAACUUGUUGUAUUUCUGUGACAUACAUUGGUUUUAAUUCCUGCUUCAAUCAACAAGAAUGAUCUUUCAAAACA